AUGACACUAGGAGAAACUCAGAUUAACGUUGUGUCCGAGAAUAAGGAAAAUAUGGAUACCAGUGAAGCCGUUUCAGAGAAGCCUAUAGUAGACGUGACUAGUCACGUUGCGCAAAUGUUGUCUACACACGCCACCAACGAGGAGGAACCACUGCUGAAGGAGAAUCCGAACCGAUUUGUGAUUUUCCCUCUCAAAUAUCACGACAUUUGGGCGUUCUACAAGAAGGCUGUUGCGUCGUUUUGGACCGUAGAGGAGGUCGAUCUCGCAAAGGAUAUGGCUGACUGGGAAAAGAUGACCGACAAUGAAAGAUUCUUCAUCUCUCGUGUGUUAGCGUUUUUCGCCGCUUCAGAUGGGAUUGUCAAUGAGAACUUGGUGGAACGCUUUUCCAAGGAAGUUCAAGUCCCUGAGGCUCGAUUCUUCUACGGAUUCCAAAUUGCUAUAGAAAACAUCCAUUCUGAAAUGUACAGCAAGUUAAUCGAAACGUACAUUAGGGAUGAAAAAGAAAGGCACAUUCUUUUUAAUGCGAUUUUCGAGUUCCCGUGCAUUGCUAAGAAGGCAGAUUGGGCGCUCAAAUGGAUUGCAGAUCAUAACGCUCCGUUUGCCGAGCGUGUCAUUGCUUUCGCUGCUGUGGAAGGAAUAUUCUUCUCGGGGUCGUUCGCUUCCAUUUUCUGGCUGAAGAAGAGGGGUCUGAUGCCGGGUCUUACCCACUCGAAUGAGCUCAUUUCGAGGUGGACGAAGGCCUUCCAUCGAGACUUCGCAUGCCUCAUGUAUUCACACAUCAAGAACAAACUACCUCGUGAACGCAUCUACUUCAUCAUAAAAGAAGCUGUUGCGAUUGAACAGGAAUUCUUGUCCGAAUCUCUACCAGUAGAUAUGAUUGGAAUGAACUGCCGUUUGAUGUGUCAGUACAUAGAAUAUGUCGCGGAUCACCUGCUUGUCGAGCUUGGUUGUGAAAAGAUCUAUAAGUCGAAGAAUCCUUUUGAUUUCAUGGAAAAUAUUUCCAUUGAUGGAAAGACUAACUUUUUCGAGAAAAAGGUUUCUGAGUAUCAACGUCCCGGUGUGUUGAGCACGGAGAAAGAGAGACAGUUCCAGCUUGAUGCAGACUUUUAA